CUGCUGAUAUAAGUAAUAUAGGGCAAACCUCAAUACACGCAACAAAUAAUGAAAUCACAGCUAUAACUUCUAAUCAAAAUAGUCCUAAAGAGACUUCUUCUAGGUUUUUCAGUUAUGGUAUUAUAGCCGAUGAAAGUACACGGGUAACCGAUAUAACACAUUGUAAUGCAGAAACAAUUUCAACUACGGUAUAUGAAAUGUGUAAACAAAAAGGAAUUGAUCUCCAAAUGU